AUGGGAAAGGACUAUUAUUCUAUUUUGGGAGUUAAGCGAGGAUGUAACGACUCUGAACUGAAAAAGGCAUACAGAAAAUUGGCGAUGCAAUGGCAUCCUGAUAAACACCAGGAUCCAAAUUCGAAGAAGAAGGCUGAGGAGAUGUUUAAGAACGUAUCUGAGGCCUACGACGUGUUAUCGGAUCCAGAAAAACGUAGAAUUUACGAUCAAUUCGGAGAGGAAGGCCUGAAGGGAACCGCAGGCCCUGAACAAGGAGGUUCUCACACCUACGUCUAUACUGGAGUCGACCCUAGUGAGCUGUUCCGUAAAAUAUUCGGAUCGGAUCGUGGCUUCCCCUUCGGAGGAUUCGAAGACAUAAGUGGCUUUAACGACGGGUUCCACAUGCAGCAGGAAAAGCAAAAGAGCCCAAACUAUGAGUUGGAGCUGCCGCUCACUCUAGAGGAACUGUAUAGCGGCACGUUUAAAAAGAUGAAGGUUACGCGCAAACGCUUCAAUGGAAACAGUCAAUACAAAGAGGAGCACACGCUAAAGAUAGAUAUUAAACCAGGAUGGAAAGAUGGAACAAAGUUGACGUUUACAGGAGAAGGAGACCAGCAGUCCCCAAUGGCAUAUCCAGGCGAUCUCAUAUUUAUAAUAAAGACUAAAAAACAUUCUCGAUUCAUACGUGACGGAAAUAAUUUAAUUUACAAAUUUACUGUGCCUCUAGUUAAGGCUUUGACCGGUUUUAAUGCUGUUCUUACCACUUUGGACAAUCGCAGACUUACGGUUAGAGUUACUGAAGUAGUUUCACAUAAGUCAAAGAAGGUUAUUUCGAGAGAAGGGAUGCCGCUGUCAAAAAAUCCAAGCGAAAAGGGGGACUUAAUUCUAGAAUUUGAUGUAAUAUUCCCCGAAACACUCACCACAGAACAGAAGAACACCUUGUUAUCAGUCUUGUCCUAA